ACAGAGAAAAUAAGCAAGCGAGGGAGCAAGUGAGGAGAGGACAGGAGCAAGAGGAAAUGGAUAGAAUUGGAAACACAGCGAGGAGAAAAGCGUCCCUGCCCGCCUGAGGCACCAUGCGCUGGGCAGCCGCUCUGCUCCUGCUGCCCCUGCUGGGGCUCUCCAGAGCCCUGAGGCCCGGGUGGGUGCCGGGGAAUGAUUACACGGCUUCCGAGGCGGACGCGCAGCGCUUUCUGUCCGACUACAACUCCACGGCCGAGGAGGUGCUCUUCUUCAGCGUCAGCGCCAGCUGGAACUACAACACCAACCUGACGAACCACAACUCUGACCUACAGGUUCAGGCCUCUCUGGAGGAGCAGGGUUUCACUGAGGCCUGGGGUAUUAAGGCCAAACAGUUGUACACUGAUGCUGUGCUGGAAACCUUCACUGACCCAGUGACGGUCACGCUCAUCAAGAAGAUCAAGGUCCUCGGAGCUGCCAACCUCCCCACUGCAGAGAGAGAGCGGUACAACGCCAUACUCAGUGAGAUGGACGGUAUCUACUCAAAAGCCAAGGUCACUCCGAAGCCUGGCGUGUCCUGGAACCUGGAACCUGAAAUCACAGAGAUAAUGGCCAACUCACGGAGCUACAAGAAGCUGCUGCUGGCAUGGGAGGGGUGGCACGAUGCCUCUGGGGUACCCCUCAGAUCGCUGUACCCCGAGUUCGUGCAGCUCAGCAACAAGGCAUCAAGGGCCGAUGGUUUUUCUGACACGGGUGCGGACUGGCGUUCAUGGUAUGACACCCCGACCUUCGAGGCUGAUCUGGAGGCACUGUUCCAGACCGUGAAGCCCCUCUACGAUAACCUGCAUGCCUUUGUCAGGAGGAAGCUCUACAACUUCUAUGGCCCCAAGUACAUCAACCUCAAAGGGCCCAUCCCUGCACAUCUGCUGGGCAACAUGUGGUCCCAGACCUGGAACAACGUUUACGACAUGAUGAUCCCCUUCCCGGGAAAGCCCAACGUAGACGUGACUGACGCCAUGGUUGCUCAGAAAUACAACGCCACUCACAUGUUCCGAGUAGCAGAGGAGUUCUUCACGUCACUGGGUCUGAAGCCGAUGCCACAGGAGUUCUGGGACAAAUCCAUGCUGACCAAACCCGAGGGCAGGGAGGUGGUUUGCCACGCGUCCGCCUGGGACUUCUACAACCGCAAGGACUUCAGGAUCAAGCAGUGCACCACAGUGACCAUGGAGCAGCUGUUUACUGUCCACCACGAGAUGGGCCACGUCGAGUACUACCUGCAGUACAUGGACCAGCCGACCAGCUUCCGCCGCGGGGCGAACCCUGGCUUCCACGAGGCCGUCGGGGACGUCCUCUCGCUGUCCGUUUCUACGCCCAAGCAUCUCAACGUGAUCGGCCUGCUGGACACACUGGUGGAUGAUCCAGACGCUGAUAUUAACUACCUCCUGAAGAUGGCGCUAGAGAAGAUAGCGUUCCUGCCUUUUGGAUACCUCAUCGAUCAGUGGAGAUGGAAUGUCUUCAGUGGACAGACACCACAGGAAAACUACAACAAAGACUGGUGGAAGCUUAGGACUCAAUACCAGGGGAUUUGCCCACCUGUGCCGCGCACGGAAGCUCACUUUGAUGCUGGUGCGAAGUAUCACAUCCCUGGCAACACGCCCUACAUCAGAUAUUUCGUGAGCUUCAUCCUGCAGUUCCAGUUCCAUGAGAAGCUGUGUGAAGCCGCAGGGCACACCGGCCCCCUGCACAAGUGCGACAUCUACAGGUCCAAGGAGGCAGGAGCCAUCCUAGAGAAAGUUCUGCGCUCUGGUUCUUCCAAGCCUUGGCCUGAAGUCCUGCAGGAGGCCCUAGCCACAAACAAAAUGGACGCCAACUCCCUGAUUAAGUACUUCCAACCCAUCAUCACCUGGCUGGAGCAGCAGAACAAGGCUUCGGGAGAAACCCUUGGCUGGCCCGAAGCAGACUGGGUCCCACCGGUACCGGAGGACUACCCUGAGGACAUUGAUAUCAUAUCGGACGAGGCCCAGGCCAGGCGCUUCCUGGCGGACUACAACAGCACGGCGGAGGGGGUGUGGAACGCCUACACUGAGGCAUCUUGGGCCUACAACACCAACAUCACAGACCACAACCAGCAGAACAUGCUGCAGAAGAACCUGGAGAUGGCCAGCCACACCAAGACCUACGGUGAGGUCGCCCGCAAGUACAACACCAAGGAGUUCCAGGAUCCGUCCGUGCAGAGGAUCAUCAAGAAGCUGAGUGACCUGGAGAGGGCAGCCCUACCACAAGCCCGACUGGAAGAGUACAACCAGCUGCUGUCUGGCAUGGAGACCAAGUACAGUGUGGCCAAAGUCUGCAGACCUAAUGGUGGCACCUGCCACCCUCUAGACCCAGACCUUCAAAAAAUCAUGGCCGAGUCGCGAGAUUACAAGGAGCUGUUGUUCGCAUGGCAGGGUUGGCGUAACGAAUCUGGCCGUGUGCUCCGAGAAGACUACAAGAAAUACGUGGAAAUUGCCAACGAGGCUGCCAGGGCAAACGGUCACACAGAUAACGGGGCCUUCUGGCGGUCCCUGUACGAGACGCCAACAUUCGAGCAGGACCUGGAGCGCCUCUGGAAGGAGCUGGAGCCCCUCUACCACCAUGUGCACGCCUACGUGCGCCGCAAACUCCACCAGAAAUACGGAGAGAAGUACAUCAACCUGAAAGGACCCAUCCCUGCACAUCUGCUGGGCAACAUGUGGGCACAGACAUGGUCUGGCAUUAUGGACCUGGCAAUACCCUACCCUCACGCUACUCAAGUGGAUGCCACCCCUGCCAUGAUAGCACAGGGCUGGGACGCCAUAAGGAUGUUUAAAGAGUCGGACGAAUUCUUCAAGUCGUUGGGCCUCAUCCCGAUGCCGCAGGAGUUCUGGCAGAUGUCCAUGCUGCUGAAACCCACCGACGGACGCGAGGUCGUGUGCCACGCCUCUGCCUGGGACUUCUACAACCGCAAAGACUUCAGGAUCAAGCAGUGCACAGUGGUGACCAUGGACGACCUCAUCACCGUCCACCACGAGAUGGGUCACGUGCAGUACUUCCUGCAGUACAAGGACCAGCCUGUGUCCUUCCGCGAUGGCGCCAACCCCGGCUUCCACGAGGCCAUCGGCGACGUCAUGGCCCUGUCCGUAGCCACGCCCAGGCACCUGCAGACCAUCGGCCUCCUGGACAAAGUGGAGGAGAACGAAGAGAGCACCAUUAACUACCUGAUGAGCAUUGCCCUGGACAAGAUUGCCUUCCUGCCCUUCGGCUACCUGAUGGACCAGUGGAGGUGGAAGGUGUUUGAUGGACGGAUCUCUGAGCAGGACUAUAACAAAGAGUGGUGGAACAUGCGAAUGAAGUACCAGGGGCUGUGUCCCCCAGUUCCGCGCACAGAGCAGGACUUCGAUCCCGGUGCCAAGUUCCACAUCCCGGCCAACGUUCCCUAUGUCAGGUACUUUGUGAGCUUUGUCAUCCAGUUCCAGUUCCACAAGGCUCUGUGUGACGCGGCCAAGCACACUGGUCCUCUGCACACCUGUGACAUCUACAAGUCUGUCGACGCAGGGAAACGACUCGGAGACGCCAUGAAGCUGGGCUUCAGUAAGCCGUGGCCAGAUGCCAUGUUUGACAUCACGGGUCAGCGGAACAUGACUGCCGCACCCCUGAUGGAGUACUUCCAGCCCCUCAUCACCUGGCUGGAGAAGGAGAACUCUAAGAACGGAGAGGUCAUGGGCUGGCCGGAGUAUGACUGGACCCCACCGACUGAUGAAGCUGCCGUCGAGCCUCCUCCAACGGGUGAUGGGAAAGUCGGCUUCCUGGGUAUGAACGUGGACAGUGCAGCUGCCGCCGCGGGCCAAUGGGUCCUUCUGGUCCUCGGCCUGGUUCUACUGGUUGCCACGGCGUUCCUGGCCUACCAGUACCGUAAAGUGAGGCACUUUCGCAAAUCUUCCUCAGAGUUGGAACUGAAAUAAACGUUGUUGGGAGGGAGUGAAACUUCUGGAAUUUUAAGGAAUGUUUGUUGAUUUAAUGAUUUCAUGAUUGUUUUGGUCGAUAUUGCUGUUGUUUCUUCGCUGUUGAAUGUGCUGUAUAUUUAUUGAUAUAUUUUUUGGGGGUCAAAUUGUUUUGACUAUGCAAAGAAAGCUGACUGUUUUUGUAAUUUAUUUGUAAUAAUUUGAAUGAAAUUGUCGGGUCUUGGGAUGAUAUAAUUAUUUGUUUGUAAAGUCAGAAUUGUGUAUGCAUAUUGGAUUAAUUUUCUUGGUAAAUAUUUUGCCCUUUGUAGAAUAAAGACAGACAUAAACACAUA